GAAAACGGCAAGUGUCGCCGCAGUUUGGAGUGUUCGGCAGCACCGGUGUCAACGUAGUCAGCUCUGGUGCGGUGGUAUGAAGAGGAAAAAGAAAAGCUGAGCUCGCCAAGCCAAACCUCCGGGUCCAGUGGACAAAAUCCGAGUGGUCAUCCCCUUUCUUCUGAGCGUGCAUCAUGAACAAGCACCCCAAGGUUGCUGACGAGGUUCAGCAGAAGCUGGCAAGUUUCAACGCUGCCUCCUUGAAGCACACCGAGACCCAGGAGAAGGUACUUCUUCCUUCCAAGGAAGACAAUGAGCCGGAGAAGGAGCACAAGCAAAUGAUUGAAGGCAUCGAGAUCUUUGACCCCUCGAAGCUGAAACAUGCGGAGACCAGUGUUAAGAACCCACUGCCGACCAAGGAAGUCAUAGAGCAGGAGAAAGCUGCGUGAAGAGCUGCACUAAUGCCAACACAACCGAUGCCAAGAGAAACAAAUAGGUAAGAGAUUCCA